AUGGCCUGUCGCUUUAAGAACCAGGUGGGAGUCGCUUCCUCUUUCCUCUGCCUUGCGGGGGUCUCUCUGGGUACCGGCGGCCCGGGCGACCACCCCUUUCUCCACACGCAGCUGUACUACGGGUUCGUUGGCCCAUCCGUCACAGAGCCGCGGCCUCUGAUUGGCUCUUGCGCUUCGGGACCGCCCACGCAGGCGGGAAUUGGGAGAAAGGAGUUUGUUGGCGGGCUCGGAGCCGUCCGGUUACGGGAGAGCCCCGGGGCUGCGGCGGUGCCUGCGGCGGCGGCAGCGGCAGCGGCGGCUGCGACUUCCCGCGCGUGGGUCGGCACGGGACUGGAGCGUCACUUCCCGUGGGGUGUGCCCCUUGAGACAUUCCGAGGGCCGCGGCUCGCUUUCGGUUUGGCUGGCCCAAGGCUACAUCAAAAGAAAACCAGUAAGCACCUGUCCGAGGAGGCCUCUGUGGAGGGAAGAAGAAAUGAGUCUGAUUGGUUGGACGGAAAAGCUUAUGUUCUGUGUCAGUUGACAGUGAUGGGCCACACAAGGAAAGUGCCUGACCUGGGACUCCUGACUGGUGUGCCUUUUAUCCCCCCUGACAAACAACAUCUGGAUUCCGCGCUGACAAGGCUGCGUGGUUCUUCCCACCUGGGCCGGAAGCUGACCGCACCAUCUCCGGGCAGCAGCGACUCAGGCUGUCCUGAGCUUUAGGCAGAAGCGUGAAGAUCUCCGACAACAUCUGUGCUCGGGCUUCCUAAGCUGCCAGUGGCUUGUGUGGAGAGAAGAUUCCGGAGGCAUGGGCUGUCACCAGGAACUCUGGGCUGGGGGGUGUCAUUCAUGCAAAGCCUUGAGGUCACCUCUGUCAGCCAGGGCUGGCAAGUUGAGUUGCAGAGGAGGGGGAAUGUGCUUUACCCUAAGUUACAUCUCCCUCUCUAAGAGAGACCGUGGAGAGUUAAGUGAUUCAGAAAGGCCAGAGCUGGGCAUUGAGCCAAGCCUCUGUGCUGACCACGGGGCCAGAAGGGCUGUGUCUGCCUAUUGCCCCAUCCCUGGGUCUGGCUGCCUUGUCUUACCCCCAAGCGCUUUACAGGCAAGUGGAGCUCUAGGCCUGAUCUGGAAGGCCUGGUGCCCAGCAUGGGAGUGGUGGGGGGCUCCCUGGGCAGUGGCCAGAUGUGUCUAGAUCCCAGCUUUCCUUGGGAACCAACAACCUUCUAGGGAAGGGCCCUUUUCUCUAACUUCAAUUCCUCAUUUGUGUACCUUUUCCAGGACAACACUCAUUCUGUAUGACGUUAUUCUGAACAGGAUAGAGAAGUUGGCCGUGGUCCAUUAAUAAUGUUCUUUUGUCCCCUAGAAAGCUUCAUCUGAGAUGUGUGUGAGUGUAAUUUAUAUGUGUGAUAGAAAAAUGACUAGGAAAGAGAACCCAGUCAGGCUGCUCUUAAGUCAGAGGAAACUCCAUCAGAAAUUCAUCUAUCCUAUUUAGCCUCACCUGCCAGGAAGCUCCCAGCCAAUCAUGAAGUUCUCACAGAAGUAGUGGCUUCCUUCUUGUGGGCCCAGGGUUUCCUCUAUGGCCCAGAUUGUCUUUAUAAGUCCUUUUUGUUUGAAUGGUUGUCACAGUCAGAAUUCAAAGGACCUUGACUUCUGUUUAGAAAGUGCAUAUUCAAAAAGCUUUCUUUGGCUCCCUGGUAUAGAGACGUCUCUCCUGGUGUCACAGUCUGAGUGUGUGCAGUAAGAGCUGUGUCCCAUAGCAUGCCAGGCAUCAGUCUGGAGGCUGAAGGAAGAAUGUUCCUGACCACACUGCCUUUCAGGGCAGAUGGUGAGCACAGAGCUGCUGGUUCACUAGAACAGGAGUCUUCCCUAGAAAGUCCCUGACAUGAGUGGGAUUUGCCCAGGCACCGUCACGCAUUUCCAUCCCUGCCCCUCUGUGAAAGCCCGGGUGAGCUGUUAGUCCAGCUAGUGCAUCCAGGACUCCACCAGGAUGUCACUUUUCCUAGGGAGAAGAGGCCAGUGCAGGGCUCCGCCCCACCCCCCACCCCCAGAGGCUGCUGUGACUGCCCAGGCUGGUCAUCCUUCCUGACCCCUGCUCAUUGUCCUUUCAUUUUAUGAGAAGAAGACACACUUGGCACCUGUCCAGAAUGUCACAACAUUGCCCAGACCCUAAAAGAUUCAAGAGCAGCCAAUGGACCUGUUAAGAACGGGCAGCCCCGAGGGGAGGCAGAGAGAAAAGCACAGGUCACUGAGAGGGAUUCCGCUGGCAAAGGCAUGGCGGCACAGCAAGUCAUUGUGUGCCUCUCUAUUCACCCCAUGUCACUGCAGUCACCCACCAUCACUCACCCAUCCAUCCCUAUACCCACUCAUCUAUCCAGUCACAAAAGCGACAUUCUGAAUUUCACAGACAUCGUGCCUGGACUUUUCAGUUUGGUUUUCCCUAGUGGUAUGUGGUCUGAUACUGUGCAGCGCCACUGGCGCCUGUGGUCCGGAGGGUAGAUGGUGGAUAUCUGCCAUGCCCCGAGUCUUCCUAGGUGGUGGUGUCUGGUGGGUUGGGGACCCACUGUAGGUGGAGGAGUGUGGGGCGUUUACCCACCAACCCCAUAGUUCCCCAGAGUUUUCUUGAGUGCGAGCAGCAGGAAAUAUUAGAUAGAAGGAUUUAUAGUGGAGAAUCUUGCAGAGA